AUGGAGGUGGCUCGUACCUCCAUGAUAUGUGCGGCUGCUCCCCAUUUUCUGUGGCCGUUUGUGGACCGGUACACUACGCAUCAGCUAAACCUUUGGCCCUGUGUGUCUCAGGUAGACCCACUCCCCUUGGCUGAGCCUGUCGAGGUCACUAGCGACUGUGGUGCUGCUGGGCGUGGUGCUGCUUGGGGUACCGCGUCUAGGGGUGCUGAGCCUGCGGGUGCGGAGCCUGGGAGUGCUGAGCCUGUGCGUGCGGAGCCUGGGGGUGCUGAGCCUGAGGGUGUUGAGUCUAAGGGUGCGGAGCCUCGGGGUGUUGAGCCUGAAGGUGCGGAGUCUAGGGGUGUUGAGCUGGAGGGUACCGAGUCUGGGGGUGCUGAGCUUAGGGCACUAUUGCUGGAGGUGCUGGAGCUGGGGGCGCUGGAGGUGCUAGCGCUGGAGGUCCUGGGGUUGCUGGAGUUGCUGGUCCUGGAGGUGCUCGUACUGGAGGCACUGGAGUUGCCAGGGCUGGUGGUGCUCCUGGAGCUAGAGGUGCUAGUAGUGCUGGCGCUGCUGGUCCCGGAGGUGCUCGUACUGAAGGUACUAGAGCUGCCGGAGCUGGUGGUGCUGCAGGCACUGGAGCUGGAGACCCUGGAGCUGGAGGCACUUGAGCUGGAGACCGUGGAGCAGGAGGCGCUGGAGCUGGAGGCAUUGGAGCUGGAGGCGCUGGAGCUAGCGGCACUGAAGCUGGAGGCACUGGAACUCGAGAAACUGGCGCUGGAGGUGCUGGAGCUGGAGACACUGGAGUUGGAGGCACUGUGGCUGGAGGCGAUGGAGCUGGAGGCACUGGAGCUGGAGGUGCUGGCGCUGGAGAUGCUGGAGCUGGAGGCACUGGAGUUGGCGGCACUGGAGCUGGCGACCCUAGAGCUGGAGGUGCUGGCGCUGGGGGUGCUGGAGCUGGUGGUACUAGUGCAGGAGGCAGUGUGCAGCGGCGACCGUUUUCGCUCUGCCGUCGCCGUCCGUGUCCCGCCUGCGUCAUCUCUUGCUGACGGUCCGGACCCCGAGUCUGACUUAGUUCGUGCUGCCAAUCCUACUGUCACACGUCUUCUAGCCUCUGUUGUCACUAACCCUUCGUUUGAGUCCGCUGCUACGUCUGCCCCGGUUGAUGAGCUUGUUGAAUUUGCUGCCGCCUGUUGUCUCGACUACGCCGCUAGUCUUGUUGCUAAUUCUGAGUCUAUCUGUCCUCCGUCUGUCGGGGGUGAGUGUGCUCUUGGCACGGACGUCCUUGAGGACAGGCAAGAAGACUUUGAGUGUUUUGCGGCUGCUGUACCUCAUCUCGUAGCCAUGCUGCUUGCUCCUGAGGGAGACCCAGAUGCACGAGACAUCCCGACCCCGCGCUCUUACGCAGAGGCGAUUACGAGUCUUUAA